UUUAAUUUCCUUCUCUACUUUUCAUGUAUACUUGGGAUCUGAUCUUUUUUUUGUGUGUGUGUGAAUGACCAUGAGACAAUUUUUUUGUUUUUUUUGUUUGUGUGUGUGUGAAAGUUAAAAGAGUUCGAUUCCCGAGGAGGAAUUGGUAGCUUCUCUUUUUGUCUGCUAGCUUUGUAAAGUUGAAUGAGAGUUUUAUAAUUCUAUAUAUCCUUUUACACAGUGACUUUGAUUGAUCUGAAUAUCAUACAAGAAGCAGAUCUGUGGAGCAACAAACUCUAGAGGAUCAUUAAAAUUAUCAAAGGUCUUGAUUUUGUGGAUCACAAAAGACAUGAAUUCUUUUACACAUGUUCCUCCAGGUUUUAGAUUCCACCCUACAGAUGAAGAAUUAGUUGAUUAUUACCUCAGGAAAAAGAUUGCUUCAAAAAGAAUUGACCUUGAUGUCAUUAAGGAAAUUGACCUUUAUAAAAUUGAGCCAUGGGAUCUUCAAGAAUUGUGCAAGAUAGGAAGUGAGGAGCAAAAUGAAUGGUACUUCUUUAGUCAUAAAGACAAGAAGUAUCCAACAGGAACUCGAACAAAUAGAGCUACAAAAGCAGGAUUUUGGAAAGCAACUGGAAGAGAUAAGGCUAUUUAUCGUAAGCAUUGUUUGAUUGGAAUGAGAAAGACAUUGGUAUUUUAUAAAGGUCGAGCACCAAAUGGACAAAAAUCAGAUUAUAUAAUGCAUGAGUACAGACUUGAAACCAAUGAGAAUGGGAAUACUACUCAGGAAGAAGGUUGGGCAGUGUGUAGAGUAUUCAAGAAAAAACUAGCAACAUCAAUAAGGAGAGAAGGCGACCAAUAUCAACACGAGUCACUAUGUUGGUACAACAAUGACCAAUUAGUCUCCAAUUUCAUACCUGAUUUUGACUCUCCACAACGUAACAAUUUUCCAAAUCCAUAUAAUACUACUCCUUCAUACCAUCAUCAAUUACCCAGCUACAACAAUAUGCAGCCUCAUAAUAAUGAUGCAUUAUUUCUUCAACUCCCUCAAUUAGAGUCUCCAAAAAUCCCUCAAUCGUACGGAUCAAUCAACCAAAUUAUAGCACAACCCAAUUCAAUUUACAAUAACAACAACAACUAUGAUCAAGCAGUGGAUCAAGUGACCGAUUGGCGAGUACUCGAUAAAUUUGUUGCAUCUCAAUUAAGUACUCAACAAGAUGGAUACAACAUGGACACUGUUAAUGCUGCUUGCUCUAGUUCCCCAGCAUCUGAACAAAUGAACAUGCAGCUUCAAAGUGAUCAUAAUAAGGGACAAGAAAUGAGUUCAGAAAUUGCCUCAUUAUCUGCUUCGAGUUCACAACUUGAUCAUCUAUGGAAGUAAUAUAAUGCUCUAUAUAUAUACUACUAUUAAUCAUAGAAAAUAUAUGAUGAUUGGAUUUGAUAUAUGUACUUAUAAAUUGCCUCAGUUUCUGUACAUAAUAAAACUCAAAUGGUACGUAUGGUGAUGUAAUAGUGGUCUAAAAAUUUGUACUCCUCUAUAAGAAUGAAUGAGAUUAGUAGUAUCUUUAAGAAAAAAGGGGCAAAGACGAUUGGUGCAGCUCUAACAUUCAAAGACGAUUAUCUGGAUCAUUUCUUGAUUUGUGCAUGA